AUGAAAGGGUUGACGUACGAGGAGCAGUCCGCCAACGGGGGUGCGGAGGGGACAGACAAAAGCAAGGCCGUCCGAGUCUACAGUGGGCACCUCUCCCUCGCCAAUGUGCAGUACAGCAGCCGGCUUGAGGACCCGACGUCGGAGGAAUUCCGGGAACUUGCAGGGAAGCUGGAGGAACUGAUCAACUCCUCCUGUCAAACUGUUCCCGAUCUCUCCCCGUACUUCGUCAAGGCCCGUGUGUUCGAUUACAGCAAUGGAUCUCGCUUCCUGGCCUAUUAUUUUGCGAUGUUCGAGGUUCCGCCCGAAGAGGAGGAAGCGCUCGCAAAGUUCAGCGAGGACGCGCUGACCGAGCCCCUGUGGGAGGGCAUCCUGAGUGUCCGCCGGGCGACGCAGCAGGACGUCGUGGUCACUUCGGUGACCUCCUCGCUCGCAAAUCCGGACCUCGUGGUAGCUCCAGAAGAAAGAGUCUGUUACUAUGAUCUCCAUGCCUCAGACGACCCGUCGAACUUCACAUCCCCGGGGUUCCACGAUUCCGGCUACCCCAACGACGUGCACUGCCAGUGGGUCCUGCGGGCGGACGAGGGCCACGUCCUCUACCUCGAGUUCGAGGACUUCAACACUGACGAUGACUGCGGCAACGACUUCGUCAUGGUGCACGACUCCCUCAGUCCGGCCGAGGAUGAUGUCAUCACCAAGAAGUGUGGCAAGCGUCCAUCGAGCCACCACCUGGCCGUGCUCUCCUCUGAGACCGUCAUGCUGGUAACUCUGCUGACUGACGGGAACAACCAGUACCAGGGCUUCUCCGCCACCUUCCACCAGCUGCCCAAGAUGACCCAGUGCGGGGCAACGCUGCAGGCGACAUCUGGGAAUUUCACCACUCCGUAUUACCCCUCGUUCUAUCCCCCAAACAUCGACUGUGUGUGGACCAUCAAGGUCUCACCGAACAUGAAGAUCCGGAUGAAGUUUGAGAUGUUCCGGAUGGAAGAGCCAGGUGUCCGGAAUGGGGAUUGCACAAAGGAUUACAUGGAGAUCCAAGGAUACAGGUACUGCGGAGAUCACUCCCGCAUCAGUCUCCAGAUCGACACGUCGGAGGUGGAGGUCCGGUUCCACUCGGAUGAGUCCCACACAGACAAGGGUUUCAUGGGCGAGUACGCCGCAUUCAACCCCACUAACCCCUGCCCGGGCGAAUUCACCUGCCGCUCCGGGCUGUGCGUGUCCAACAGUCUACGUUGCGAUGGCUGGAACGACUGCGGGGACCUCAGCGAUGAGCUCCAGUGCAAGUGUGAGCCGGACCAGUUCGCCUGCGACAACGGGAUCUGCAAACCCAACCUCUGGGCUUGCGACCGGGUCAACGACUGCGGAGACUUCAGCGACGAGAAGGCGUGCGCGUGCGAGGAGACGCAGUGGAAGUGCGCGGACGGGAAAUGCAUCCCCAAGGACCGGACCUGCGACGGGAACCUGGACUGUGAGGACGGCAGUGAUGAGGCAGUGUGUACGGGAGACAAGACCGUCUGCACGGACUUCAACUUCCGCUGCGCGGACGGUUCCUGCGUUCACCGGGCCAACGCAGAAUGUGACGGCGAGGAGGAUUGCGACGACGGUUCGGACGAGGAGCACUGCGUCCCACAGUGCGGGAGCCAGCCCUACAAACAGAACCGGAUUGUGGGUGGGACGGCAGCCGACGUCGGGGAGUGGCCUUGGCAGGUCAGCCUGCACUUCACGACCUGGGGCCACGCGUGUGGAGCCUCAGUCAUCUCAGCCGAGUGGCUGGUGUCAGCCGCGCACUGCUUCCUCGACACGUCCCCCAGGUUCGACAAUGCCGACAGCUGGCUGGCAUAAGGGGGCUUUAAACUUCCAGGGGAGCAGAUGGCGCAGACGCGGCGGGUGGCACGGAUCGUCAAGCACGAGCGCUACAAUGAGGACACGUACGACUACGACAUCGCGCUGCUGAAGCUGGAGCAGCCCUUCGAGCUGAAGCCCAAGCUGCAGCCCAUCUGCCUGCCCGACGUCUCCCACACCUUCCCCACCGGCAAGAGCUGCUGGGUGACGGGGUGGGGAGCCAUGUACGAGGGAGGUUCCAGCUCCAUCUCCCUGCAGAAGGCGGAGGUGAAGAUCAUCAAUGACACGGUGUGCAGUGUGGUCACCGAGGGCCAGGUCACCUCCCGCAUGCUGUGCAGUGGCUACCUCGCCGGGGCCAUCGACGCCUGUCAGGGUGACUCUGGAGGCCCACUCUCCUGCCAGGAGAAGGGCAAGUGGUUCCUGGCGGGGAUCGUGAGCUGGGGGGAGGGAUGUGCUCGGAAGAACAAGCCGGGGGUGUACACUCGGGUGACGAAACUGCGGGAAUGGAUUCGGGAGCAGUCGGGCCUGUGAGAAAAGGCACAUCCUGUACAAAGACUGUCAGCCUCUCUUUCCCCCCCCCCCCAACCCUUCCUGAUCACGGACUUCCUGUACAUAAACUGGUCUUCCUACACUUCAAUAAUCCACAAAAUUCGCCUCCGAGAUUUGGAACAAGGAUUCAGUUCCCCAGACCCAAGUUGCUUCCCAACGCACUGACCCGAGGAGUGUGUGACGGGACGGUGCGGAGGGAGCUUCACCCUGUGUCUGACCCCCGGGAGUGUGUGACGGGACGGUGCGGAGGGAGCUUCACCCUGUGUCUGACCCCCGGGAGUGUGUGACGGGACAGUGCGGAGGGAGCUUCACCCUGUGUCUGACCCCCGGGAGUGUGUGACGGGACGGUGCGGAGGGAGCUUCACCCUGUGUCUGACCCCCGGGAGUGUGUGACGGGACGGUGCGGAGGGAGCUUCACCCUGUGUCUGAACCCCGGGAGUGUGUGACGGGACGGUGCGGAGGGAGCUUCACCCUGUGUCUGACCCCCGGGAGUGUGUGGGGAAUCUUGGGUUUUCUGUACGUGGAAUCUGUGUGUCGUUUCAUGGAUCGCAGCUGGUUUUCUACUCCAGUAAUAUAUGAUAUUUAAAAAUAAUAAUAGAUCGUUUAAAUAGGAUUUUAAGCUGUGCUCCUGGUUCCCAUGCUGGCAAGGUUUGGGAUUCCUCACUCUGGGUGGUCAGUUCAGAUCCGGGAUCCGUGCCGUGGUGUCCUGGCGGACCACCACCUCUUCCCCCCCCCCCCACCCCCCCCCACCCGCCUGCCCUCUCCGCAGGUAGACAGCGAGACGGAUGCAGGAGGCAGAGUUUUAUUGUGUGAUAAAUAAAGAUUCUUUACGUUACGGUU